CACGCUGCUGUGCCCUGUCUCGUCUUUCGGGCCAUGCUGUCCUGUCCCCCCCGCCGGCCCGCCCGCUCAAAUUUAAUGCCUACCUUUAUCAACGCCCAACGACGUCCUCUGCUCCUCUUCUCCUUUAGCUCCGUGAGAAUAGAAAGAGAGGGACAGUGAUUUUGGAGUUCUUGGUCAAUGGGUUUGACUGGAAAAGGCUUAUUAAACACGGAAAAGAAGACUCACCAUGGUUCUUGAAUUUUAAAAUUCGAAGGAGAGAGAGGAAAAAGCAGUGAAGAAGCAGAACAAGAAACAGCAAAUGUGGAAACGGGUUCGUGUUCUUCGGGGCAAAGGAAGGAAAUUUCCUCCAUUUUCCCUUCCCUCACUUUCUUUCCAGCGAGGACGCUUCUUCACUGAAUCUUGGUCUUGAUUUCGUCUCUGCCAUAUAUUAAUCAAAGGAAUCUUAUUUGAAAGAGAUAAGAGCCAUAAAAUUGGGGGAAAACAUGACAGAUAGUGCAGCUCCUAAACUUCGGCUUGUUAGGUGUCCGAGAUGCGGGCAGGUCCUUCCAGAAUCAGCAGAUUGUCCGGUAUAUAGAUGUGGUGGAUGUGGCACGAUUCUUCAAGCAAAAUGCCGGAAGAAUGAUGCCAAGGAUACAGGGUCAGAUGUCCAUGAGAAGAGUAGCAUCCCGACAGAGAAAUCAGCUUAUGGUUCUGAGGAUAAACAAUCAAGUAGCGUACAUAAUGAAAUGAUGAUUCCUUCAUCGGAAGAUGGUUCUGUAAACCUAAAUGAUGUGGGUGAACGGGACACAUCUCUCUGUCAUAAACCGGAGCAGGCAGAAGAGGCACCCUUUUGUAACGGUGACCUCAACAAUGGGGAGAGCGGAUGCGAAUCUGGGAAAGUUGACGUGGAGGAAAAUGAAGCACUUAAGGAGCCUUGUCUGCCUGCCACAGUUAGUUCUCCUGAUGAAGAUCAGUCAUCUCAACUUGGUGAAAAGGUGGAAGGUCAGCUAAAAGAAGAAAGUUUGCUAAUUCCUGAAGCAAACUCUGUGCUAGAAGCAAAUGAUGGUGAGAUUGACUCCAAGAAUGACAGCUCGAUAACAAUAUCCGGAAGUAGUUCGCAGGUUACCGAAGAGGGUCUGGUGGAAGAAGACAUUUUAGCCAAUGACGCCCCACAGUUGUCUUCUGGUGAACAGAAAGAGCAACUUCAGACCAAUGAUCACAUUCGUCGUGCUUUUGAGCGGAUGACCUCUAAGGAUACAUUUGCGAGCACGGAGUAUGUUGACCCUGUCUCUGAAUUCAGCGAUGCAUUAGGUGAUUUCUCCAUAUCACCAACUGCGAGAGGCUCUCAUGCUUAUGAAGGCAGCGUGUCUUCUUAUGACCCUUUUGAAGAUCAAUACCACGACAGGGACUUUCACAAGUUUAAGUAUCCUGGAGAGAAAAUGAAUUUUGUGCCUUCCAAAGAAUGGCGAAAUAGGGGCAAGUAUCAGGUGAAUGACUCGAUGGGCAGAGAUGCUCGACUUCAUCAUCCAGAAAGGCACUUUACACCGCCUUCUUUUUCUUCGGAUAUGGGGCUUUAUGCCAUGAAAGGAAGCAGAUGGGGCCAAAGUGGGAUGGCGCAACCCUCGAGCCAUGUCUCUCCUAGCAGGUACCAUAUAAGAUCAGAAAGAGAUGAAUUACCACCUAGGAUUCCUAGGCAACCGAGAGCUGGCUAUGAUCAUGGAAGUCCAUCGAGUCAAGUGUACCCUGAACAUGACAAGUUGAAGCUACUGAAGAUGGUCUAUGAACUGGAGGACCAACUUAAAAGGACAUGUAACCUGGAUGAGGUGGCUAGCGAAAGGGCUUCUGCGGGUUUCAACUGGAAGGAAAAGCGUAGCCGUAUGUACUACGACAGUGGCCCAUUGGAGGAGAGUGACUCUCUGGGAUUAAACAUGCCUGGAUAUCAUAGGAGAACUGAGCCACACAAUAGUUGGCGAUCCUCAAAAAUACCCUUCUCGGCUGAGAUGGCCAAAAGAAGUUACCAAUCCAACCACAACCAUCUGCAUCAUUUCCCUCCUGACUAUCGACGCUCCGAGCCUUUGCCUCCACCUAAUAUUUACAAUAGAGGCCUCUACAGUUUCCACGACACUCGGAAUCCCUAUAGUCCUUACAGCUCAUGUGCCUCGAGUCCUCAGCGUUAUAUGGACUAUGAGCCCUCAAUGGGGGAUAGUGACACUAACUCCAAUCAUCAGAGGUAUAAGAUCCGAGAAUUUAGCAAAUAUAAUAGGGAAAAUCAUGUGGUGAAGAGGCAUUUACGUCCUAAAGCUGGUGGCGCCCCACUCAUUAUUUGCAACCAAUGCUCGAAACUGCUGCAACUUCCUGCAGAUUUUCUGCUUUUCAAGAAAAGGUGUCAUCGACUGAAGUGUGGUGCUUGCAAGGCAGUGCUUAAAUUUUCAGUCCAAAACCAAAUUCAUGUAGUGCCAUACAUGCGGGAUGCCGAAGCGCCUCCACCUAGUGAGGCCGGUGACUAUGAUGACUCAAUGAAUAGAAGGAGAUAUUCCUCUACUUCUCAUGCCAAUGGUUUUCCACAAGCAGAACCUGUGUCUUGCUCUGAUGAUUACGGACUUUCCAUCUGUAAAAGCUGUUCAACAGAAGGCGAUCCUGCUUUAUUGGCACAGUUUCAUGCUCUGGAUGACAGUAGAGAGGAGGAGAAGAGGUUUUCUCUGAAUCGGUACCGAAAUAGACAAGGAAUCUACGAACCUGCCGGUUGCUCUGGGCAAGAUGAAAUAUCUCCCGAUGCCGAGGGGCUGUCCGGUAAAGGAAACUCGCCACUUCAUCAGCUUAUGGGGUAUUGUUCGGUGAGCCAGGUCUUUCGAGGGCCUGAACCAGCAGACGCAGGUGCAAGUUCAUCUAGCCAGAAAAAGUCAGGAUCUCGACAAUUUUCUCGCAAAGCUUAGGCCCGAGACAACAUGAACACGACCAUUACUGCUCUUCGACGUCGAAUCAUUUCAAGUUCUGGGAACUAAGAGGGCAAUGCUGCGAUGAUAGUUUGGAACCUUUCCUUACUGCAGAGAGAUUAAAGUUUCUUUUAGAUACACUGGAUGCAGAUUAUGAAGUUCAGCUCAGAUUUUCAGUGGUAGAGUUUCUUUUCAUAGUAGAAAGUAUACAAAGGUGCAAGGGAGGAUCUCCCAAUUGAUUUGUUUGUUUUUGUAAGUAAUUUCCCAUAUACCAACUACAAAUGUACACCGAAAUUUUCUGUGCAUGUACUUUAUGUUCACCCCGCCGCGGCGCAUCCGAAACUAAAACGAAGCCUAUGUAAAAAGGAUCUGACCAGUGUUCUCUUUUCUUGAAUUGGAGGGGUGAUUUGGUUUUAUUUUA